AUGGGAACAAAAACAUCAAAACAACAUCAACAUUCAUAUUUUAAUCAAAGACAAAAUGAUCAUCAUCAUCAUCAAAUUCAUAAUCAAGCUCAAGCUAAAUGGGAUCAUCGAGUAGCUCUUGCAGGUGAUAGUAUGCUUCGUAUUGCUAAUCAAGAAAAUCAAAAUUUUAAUGAUUUUCUUCCUUCAAAACCUGCUCAAAUACCUUUCGAACGAGCAAAACCACCUUCACAUAAUAAUACAGCAAGAAAAAAACGUCGUCAUGAUCUAAAUGUCCCAAGACCAGCACUUGGUAUGAGAAAAAGUCGAUCAACUGGAAAUUUAUCUAUUGCACCGGUAGCUCUUACAGAUAAACGAAAACAUAGAAAUAAAUCAUCAUCAUCCCAAACAUCUAUACAUUCAUCUCAACAUUCCAGCAUGGUUCAUUCAGAUUCAGCAACAAGCGUUAAUCAAAUAUCUUCUUCAAAAUUAAAAAGAAAACAAAAGCAACAUUUUUAUCAACUUGCUUUAAUUAAAACAAAAGAUUUACAGUAUGUUCGUGAAAUUGGUAAAGGUAAUUUUGGUACUGUGCAUCAUGCUUUAUACAAAGGUACUCAUGAUGUUGCAUUAAAAACAUUAAAUGUUCAAGAUGAUAAUUCUACUAGAGAUUUUCUCAAAGAAAAUGAUGAAGAUAUGCAUGAAUUACUUAAAGAAGCAACUAUGAUGACAUGUUUACGACAUGCAAAUGUUUUACGUAUAAUUGGUAUAACAUUUUUUGGAGAAAGACAAUAUUUAAGUUUAGUAACUGAUUUUAUGAAAAAUGGUUCAUUAUUAGAUUAUCUUAAGAAACAUCGAGAUAUAUUUUUAAAAACAAAUCCAUAUUUUAUAUCAAAAAAAUUAAAUCAUUUUGGAAGACAAAUAUAUGAAGCAAUGAUUUAUUUAGAAGAACGAAAUAUUAUUCAUCGAGAUUUAGCAGCAAGAAAUUGUUUAAUUGGUGAAGAAGAUACACUUAAAGUUGCUGAUUUUGGUUUAACGAAAUUAACUGAAUUUGGUUUAUAUAAAGGUACACAUCAUUCAGUAUGUGCACCACGUUGGACAUCACCGGAAGCUUUAUUUUCAUCGGAAUUUUCUUCUCGUUCAGAUGUUUGGAGUUAUGGUAUAACUCUUUGGGAAAUUUAUUCAUUGGGUGACCGACCAUUUGGUAAUAUGAGCUAUUAUGCAUUACAAACUCUUCUGAAAAAUCCAUCGGAAAAUCUUAGUCGACAUCUUCCAAAACCACGAUACUUUAUUUCGAAUGAAACAUAUACACAUAUUAUUCUUCCUUGUUUAACAUAUAAUGUUAAAAUGCGACCACGUUUUCGUGAUUUAAAACAACGUGUUUUAGAUAUUCUUGUAAACGGAAUAUAA